AUGGCUUCACUCCCUUCUCAGACCAACGCUGUCGAACCAGAGGAGGCCACUAGAAUGGGUGGAGACCACACCUCAGCCGAGCACGCGGCCGACGACUGCAAAGACACGCCUGUGGACGAGGAUUAUGUCUUCAAGGACAAGAAAGACAUCCAAAAAAAAGCUAAGAAUGAUCUGCUAUCACCCGUAACACUUGUGUCUGUCCUGAUGGCUCGCCUGAGGGAGGGCAAGGAUCCUUAUGCGGGUCAGGAUCCUUAUACCCCGGCCGAGUAUCCCCUCGACCUUUCUGCAAUUCCCUGGUACAAAUAUGAAUCCCUUCUGGGACCUGCGAUUGUCCCGCACCCUGGACCCCCUCCGGUGCCCCCCUAUGAUGAUAUCCAGGGGGCAUUGCAGUGGCUUGCAAGGGCUCGUGUCCUGAAUGCCUACACAGCUUAUGACCUGUAUAAAUCCCACCUGAGAAAAACAGAUCCGGAGGUACUCGACAAGUGGAAGGAGGAAGAAGAGAAAGCUAGGAAGGAAUUGGGCCUCGAGUGCCUUAGGUCAGUCUUUUUCUGGCUGGGUUGUGGUAGGUAUCAUGUGGAGUAUGAGACUUUCGGGAUUUUGCUGCGCCAUAUGAGGAUAUUGGAGUUGUGCAAAAUCGCGGGGACCUAUGAAGAAGAAAAGACCGUCGCGACCGCGAUUCUCGAGGCUAUCGAUGCCAAAGUCCUCUUGAAGCUUCUGGUGGAUUCCGAGACAAUCUCCGAGAGUGCAGCUCAGAUGCUGCUAGGGCUAAUCGAGAGGGUGGAGGCAACCCAGGCGGAUCAUCCCUACCACGACCCGCCGCUCCUUAUGUACAGGACGGUGAGGGCAGGCGUGCCUGAGGAGAAGUGGUGGGGUGGAGAGUAUGCCGAUUGGACAGUCGAGGAACGAGACGUGCACUCGUGUUACUUACUUGAGGAAGAGAUCGGGGUAGAUACUUGGUGUUUUGAGUACUAG